AUGGCCAACGAGAAAGAUCAUGAUCCAAACGCCGUCGAACGCAACCAAUCACCCCGUCCGCAGAGCUCAGAUGAAGAAUCAACUAUCGACGAAGAAUAUAACCACAAUGGUCUGACACAGGUCCCCACCAACUCGAGCGCAGUAGCACGCACACUAUCAGUCGUGCGCACUCGCGAAUCCGGGAAAGAUCUUGGCCCGCCGCCAGACGGGGGUUUCCAGGCCUGGCUGCAGGUUGCCCUGGGCCAUAUGAUCAUCUUUAACACAUGGGGCUACAUCAACAGCUUUGGUGUAUUCCAAACGUACUAUACAACCUCAUUGGGCCGAUCCCCAUCCGACAUCUCCUGGGUGGGUAGCAUCCAGAUCUUCCUGCUGUUCUUUAUCGGAACUUUCUCCGGCCGAGCCACAGACGCAGGCUACUUUCGAUUCACAUUGGCCGUCGGGGCCACGUUGGAAGUGUUCUGUAUCUUCAUGACCUCACUCUGCACGGAGUACUGGCAGCUGUUUCUGGCGCAGGGACUCGGACAGGGUAUAGGGUGCGGCCUCAUGUUCUGUCCAACCCUAGCUCUGAUCUCAACCUACUUUGAUAAACGACGGGGGAUUGCCAUUGGUCUCACGGCGUCCGGCUCGGCCACCGGUGGACUGGUGUUCCCGGCCGUGGUGUUACGCUUGCUACCACAGAUCGGAUAUGGGUGGACUAUGCGUGUCCUGGGCCUGAUCACGUUGGUGACAUUGAUGCCCUGUGUGUUAUUGUUUAAGCAGCGGCUUCCUCCACGUACCAGCGGGCCAAUUGUUGAGUGGGCGGCAUUCAAGGAGCUCCCAUACCUGCUAUUUGCGGUGGGCAUGUUCUUGAACUUCUGGGGGCUCUAUGUUGCCUUUUUCUACAUCGGUAGUUUCAGCACCGACAUCAUCGGAGCCUCAGAGACGACAUCCAUCUACCUGUUGAUGGUCAUGAACGGAGUUGGCUUGGUCGGACGCUUGAUUCCCAACUUCAUGGCUGAUCAGUUCACCGGUCCAUUAAACUUGUUGAUCCCGUUCAGUUUUUCCACUGCUCUGGUGGCAUACUGCUGGGCCGCCGUCAAGGACCUUGAAGGCCUAUGGGUCUUUGCUGCCUUCUAUGGAUUGAGUGCAGCUGGUAUUCAGUCAUUAUUCCCUGCUACCUUGAGCACGCUUACCACCGAUCUGAAGAAAAUCGGAGUGCGUAUGGGCAUGGUGCUUAGCGUGGUGGCGGUUGCUGCUUUGAUCGGGUCACCUAUUGCCGGAGUCCUUGUAUCUAGUGAUGAUGGGCAAUAUCUGUACGCCCAGAUGUUCAUGGGAAGUGCCAUUAUUGCAGGCACUUUGACGCUGAUUGGGGCUCGAGUGUGCAAAGUGGGCGCGGGCAUCACCCGUGUAUAA